GACGAAGAAGCGACAACAGAACGGGGGCUGUUUACCUGCGGAAGAAGAGACCCUCUGUUUUGGCAGAUGGCAGAGCACCUUGAAGAAGGGGUGCUGACGGAGGGUCCCGAGGACCCGGCCAUCGCGCAGGAAGGAGACCACACCAUCCGAGGCCGUCUUGUCCUGACGGCGGCGUCCUCUGAGGAAAGCGUGGAGCAGGGCGAAGAAGUUCCCCUGCUUGACGUCAACCCUCUGGUUCGCUUCCCGUUGCUGCUGUUCAACCUCACGCUGUGCCUGGCCGGCAUGGGGUUGACCGCCGUGUCUGCGCUGUUGCUGCUGCAGUCCCUGCAGUGGCGCGAGGACAUCCAGGCCCUGCGACUGGGCGGCCUGGGCGCCCUGCUCAUGUCGCAUCUCGAGCUGGCGCUGCUCGCUGCCGGACUCGUGCUGAGCGCCGUCUCGUGCUGCGGCUGCGUCGGGGCUCUGCGCGAGAACGCCUGCCUGCUGCGCGCCUACUCGCUCGCCCUGCUGUGCCUCAUCAUGGCGGCCACGGCGCUGGGCACGCUCGUGCUUGUCAUGCCAGCCGGUGCCAAGAGGGUCGUGCAGAGAACGCUGUCGGCUACACUGGUGGUGCACUACCGUGACUCCCCAGACGCCCAGCAGCUGGUGGACGCCGUGCAACGCCACCUGAGCUGCUGCGGAAUGACAAGCAAGAGCUUCAGGGACUGGAACGACAAUAUGUACGUGGCGUCUAUACUUCCCUAUACGGCGUUUUGUCGUGCGUCAUCGUCAUCGGCAUGUGUCAAGCUACUUCAACUGCAGCGCGGAGAACCCGAGCCACGAACGCUGCUCGGUGCCGCACUCGUGCUGCAAGAACAACGCGAGCCUCCUGGCGAAGCCGUUGACGGCGGCCGGCUUCCACUGCGGCCGGGGCGUGCUCAACAUGAGCGACUACGAGGCCUGGUUCCACAUCAACUGGAACAACUGCGCCGACGCGGCGCUGCACGCGCUGCGCACGCACGCGCUCGCCGUGUGCGGCGGCUGCCUGGCGCUCUCCCUCGGGCUCGCCUUCCUCGACGCGCUGGCGCACACCACGCGCGCCGAGAUCGCGCUCAUACGCGACUACUACGCGCGCCGAGGGCUGUGACCACGCGUUCGGCGGGGACGCUUUUCUCUGAAGGGGCAGCAAGCACUCAAUACCCGAGAGCCUCUUGCUUUGCCGGCACGCACGGCCAUUCUAUUUCUUUAUGUUCGGAACGCCUCAUUAAAUAGUACAAUCUUCCGACGGUUGCUUAAA